AUGAACAGCACAGCGUCGACUCCACCCUCUACUCCCCCCUCCAAGUCCACCGCCCUGUGGUACUGGCACUGCGAGCGCUGCGACACCGACUACAACAUCUCCGUCACCCGCCGCUGCCUCGACUGCACCGCGACGGGCUACAUUGGGAAAUCCCCCUCGUCCCCCGAGGCCCGCCGCUGUCGUAUCAUGAGGACGAACAUGGUCCCGCUUGGCGCCUUUGACUAUGAGUACUGGACCACGUACAACGACUGGCGUCGAUUCCGGAGCGCGUACGAGAAAGACCCGAGCGGCUGGAAGCGCCGAACAGGAAGAGAACUCAAGGGUCCUGUGGGCAGGGAGCGCAGAGCCUUGAUGACUCAACUCGAGAGGAAGCGGAGGAUCGAAAUCACCGAGGAGCGAAGAACGAAAUUCAUAAAGGCGACGUACUCGUGCGAGAAGGACUGUGACUAUCCCAGCCAGUGCCAUCGGGAGCGGUGGGCUGCGUAUACGCGAAUGACCUCGGGUCUCAAGUGCCCCGGAGGCCAAGUUGUGGGAGGGGGGUUGAGGGCGCCGUGUGAAGACGACGAACCAAAGUCCCCCCUGUGCCGCCUCCUACCAGAGCUAGAGAUGGACGUCGAAGGAGAUAUCACCAUGACAAGCCCGGAGAGCAUUGACGACGAUGACGAGAUUAUCAACGCCUAUGGGGUGGGUGAAACAACGAUUCCUCUCUUAGUUGUAACCGACGAGAAACAGAAAGCUCACCGAGCAAAGAGAGUGAGAUUCGUUUAG